AGGCGCCAUCUCGGUAUCUGCUGUGUGUUGCGUUUUGCUCCGCAUUCUUGUCUGCGAUUUCCCGUUUUUCCGCGUUCCAGCAGUGCCGCACUCGCUCCAGAAAGAUGAAAGAAACAAUCAUGAAUCAAGAAAAGCUCGCCAAGCUCCAGGCUGAAGUGCGCAUCGGUGGCAAGGGUACUGCUCGCAGAAAGAAGAAAGUUGUCCACAGAACAGCUACAGCAGACGAGAAGAAACUUCAGUUUUCUUUGAAGAAACUGGGAGUCAACAAUAUUUCUGGUAUUGAAGAGGUAAAUAUGUUUACCAACCAAGGAACAGUCAUUCACUUCAAUAACCCUAAAGUUCAGGCAUCUCUGGCUGCUAACACUUUCACUAUCACUGGCCAUGCUGAGACAAAGCAGCUGACAGAAAUGCUUCCUAGUAUCUUAAAUCAGCUCGGAGCUGACAGUUUCUCCAGCCUGAGGAGAUUGGCAGAAGCCCUACCCAAGCAAUCUGUGAAUGAAAAAGCACCACUUGCUACUGGUGAUGAUGAUGAUGAAGUUCCAGAUCUUGUUGAAAACUUUGAUGAAGCUUCAAAGAAUGAGGGAAAUUGAACUAAGUGUCACUGAAUACAGUUAGAACUAAAAAAAAAAACACAUCUGCAUGGGGCUGCUAUUUUAAACUGUGACUGAUUUUGAGUUUAUUUUUAUUUCCUGAUAAGUUCAAGACUUGUAACUGGAAACUCCUUGAACCUGCAGCUCUUAGUUACUGCUUGUACACAGUAUUAUUUCUGUGACCUGGUUGAAUAAACUUAUGCUUUUGAAAUAA